AUGGCGUUGUUGUAUAAAGAGGUUGGAAUUACUAGGCGGCGGACUAGAUGUGAAUCUGUUAUCGUGGGCGCGUUGAUAAUCGCUGGAAUAGCCUGCCUUGUUGCAGGUAUUGUUAUGAUGAUCCAAGCGAACACGGUGCGGAAGAACAGCGAGCAAUGUCAAACUGCCAAGGUUACACGAGCAAUCAGGAGUGGCUGUGAAUAUUCAGGGGAAGCGCAAUCUUCAGGACUAGUAAGGUUUCUAUACGAAGCUCAAGAGAGAUUUUACGAGUUGUUACCGCAUAAAAUCGCCUUCAAACCAGGGGUAACGUUAAGUGAAAUCCGCCAGCGGUAUAAAAGCUACGAUUCCACGCCAAUGCAGAUAAAAUUCGUUACAGACGAGAUAGCUAAACUGACGAAGAGGCUUAAAAACAUGAACAUUCAAAAAAACAAACUGACACUGAGGGAAAAGCGGGCCAAAGCGCAGCUUUCACACUGGAUGCGGCAUAUUUUUCCUUAUGGCGUCCCCUUCUCUUAUGAUUAUUACUCGGGAGAUUGGCUCAUGGGACCAAAUGUCUUCUGUUGGUCAUCUAUCUGUUUCUUGCCUAUGGAUGUGGGCAGCCCACUGCCCCUUUUCCAGCCGUCGACUGUGUCUGAAGUGGAGAUAUUAAGGGAUAAGUUGAUGGAAAUUAACCAAACAUUUAUUCAGUUUGUGGAGAACAUGAAAUUAGGCGUGGCCACUGGUAUGGUUCGUACGAUCGAGGAGUGUAAGGCGGGGCUGGAUGGUUUGAGAGGCGCCUUUAGAGAAGUUGACAUUAAUGGCCCAGCUGGGAUUCUUGAUGCACCAUACAUGAAAAAAAUUCUGGUCAGCGACUUCCUUUCCAAGAUGAAUUCAAAAGAAUCGGAGUUGUGGAAAACUAAGUACGGUGAAGCGGUGAAUGAGUCUUUAAGGCAGUUUGUCAUACAUUAUGUUGGUGAGCCGAUUCAGCGCGCAUUGAGGUACGUCGAAGAGGAACAUUUACAGUACUGCACCCCCAGCAAUCUUUCCAGUGGCUUAGCCAGCCUACCCCUUGAUUACGUUUAUAUCAACGGUACAAAGACAGACAGAAGAACGACUAAAAGGCUGCCCACGGGCGAAAAGCUCGACGGGAAAACCACCUAUCUGAAGCUUCUGCAGUACUUUACCACCACCAAUAAAACCCCGAAUGAAAUAUACGAGCUGGGCUGGUUAAUGAUAGAUCGAAGUUAUCCGGAGGUUCUAAGCUUAGCGCAAAACAUAACCAAUGAGAAUGACACCCAGAGGGCGAAGGAAAAGUUUAUUAAUAUGCUGAAUGGAUCGGAAAUGUUUUACAACAAGAAAGAUAUUCCAAGGAACGAAUCAAACACAGUUGCUUAUAGGCUGUGCAGUACAGUCUCUGGAGCCGAAAGGCAUUGUCCUGUUCGCUGGAAUGCCAUGCAAAACUGGUUUGCUCAUGCGCGAGAGAUUAUGGCUACUCUUGAUCCAAAAACGAUCGACUUAUUCCAUUUCACUGGUCCUUACCGAUCUACUCCAAACUGUCCCGUUCAGCUCGUCCCAAGCUUCAACCCAUCCUCUGCGGCUCCAGCUUUCCAAGAGAGUAACUCAGAGUGUACCAGGCCCUCCACCUACAUCAUUCCAUUCUUCCUGCAAAGGCCCGGCCCUAGGAAUGAAGAAUGGACCAUAAAUGCACACGAGGCAAGGCCUGGACACUACACACAGAGUCAAGGAUAUGUGGAGAAUUUUCAAGAAGACUGUUCUGAUCCCAUCUCGUGGAUCGAAAAGAGCACAUUCUUCUUGGAGUUUUCUGAAGGCUGGGCUCUUUACGCAGAGAAUCCGCUGAUAUCAAAUUAUACAGACACUUACAAGUAUGAUCCGCUGAUCAAAUACGGCAUGCUCAAAUGGCAGAUAUGGCGAGCCUUAAGACUGAUCGUAGACACAGGGCUGCAUUACAAAGGCAAGUCGCGUGACUGGGCUCUAAGGCUCUUUGCUGAUUAAGCUUGGGACACAAGUGACAAAGUUGAGAAGGAAGUAACUCGGUACCAGAGCAUUCCCGGACAAGCUGUCACUUACAUGCUCGGGCAACUGUCAAUCAUGGAGCUGAAACAGGAAGCAGAGAAGGUUCUGGGGGAGAAGUUUAAUAUAAAGGAUUUUCAUUUUCAGGUCCUAAGGCAUGGACCCUCGCCUUUGAAUUAUCUUAAAGAGAGCAUCUACAAGUACAUAGCAUGCGUUAAGGACGCUGAAAGUCAACCAGACUGUGAAGAUUUCUUGCGAGCUCCAAACAACUCUGGAAACGUAAAGACAAGACAUAUUUCAGAACAUUUGCGUCAUCAUUCUUUCAAAAUGUUCUAAAUUCAAUUUUGUUUAAGGCCCUUGACUAUGGCUAAGAUCAAAGUUAAGACCACGUUUUGCAUCCUUUC